AUGCACAGUCCAGUCUCGCCUUCGAUCGAUGCAUGUUCUUCCUCUCAAGGAAGCCCUAGAUGCAGCACCGGGUCGCCCAGCUCCCCAUUCUCGGAACUUACAAUAGACCAACAGGCAUCUCCUUCUCGAUCAGGAGCAACCUUCAUCUGUACGAUUUGUUGGCAGCACCAACCGUGUGGCUCAAAGCCUAAGCUUCUAGGUACCUCUGCUCGCAUCGUGUGCCAUCCAUGCUGGCGCGCUGUUCUGGAUCUGAGUAUUUGCUGGUCUCCUAACCAUAGCCCGGAAUGGGGCAAAUGGGAUGGCGCUGAAGAUGAUAGAAUCGGACGCCGAAGGACUGUUGGAAUCGAAUUAGACACUAUCCCCUUGUGCAAUGUUUGUUCUGUCGAAACGGCGGCUGAGAGUCAGGGCCAAGUCCUAGAAAGGGGAUUGGAAUGCGUCACACUGUUUGACGGAGGGCUGAGCAGAGACAGAUUGGACAUGCUGACCGAUGAAAGGGAAAGUGAGGUGACACUCGCUCGCAGACGUUUAAUGAGGACUCCAAGGAGACUGAGAGGUGUGACGGGAAUCGAGCGGGACUUAAAGAGGUAUAUCAAUGGCUCUUCCGGCUGCUUCACAAACGAUCUCCUGAAUCUGGAAGAUAUGUCAUCCUUACUCGACAACGCUGCUGACAUGGGAGAAAUGGCCGAUGGCAGCAUGGACAACGAACACCAGCACUCGGAAAGAACCAGGACAAACUCUGACCUAUCUCAGGGGGCUGGGCAGACUGGUGCAUACGUCUCAGUGUUUAAUCCUGUCGGCGAACCUGCAUUCAGACCCGGCAAAUUCAAGCCUCUGCCUUCGUGGAUGAAUUUGCUUCCAAAUAAUGUGCAAAGGGGAAGGGCGCAGAAGAGCAACGCCGCUCUCGAGCAUUCUUGUCAGCACUUGCCCGAGCGGUGGCCAUCGAUAGAAGAUAAAGAGCCUGACUCAAGUGACGGUUCUGAGGAUUUCCCUCGGAGUCCAAUAGCUUUGGGCGAUAUUCCCAGCCUCAGAGGCGGUGGAAAGGCCACACUUCCCAUGAACAAUGGCGACAAAUCUCGUAAGCAACGGGCAAAAAGGACGAUCUUAUUUGAAACUAGAUAUGGAGCGGACGACACGAACGACAAUGAAGGUCACCAAUGCCCUCGAAGAGUCCACACUCCUGAUUCAGUGCACUCAACCCCUCCCGAGUAUCCCUCUCAUCAUCCCCCACCACCAAGAAGAAGGACUCCCUAUCCGCAGGAUCUUCUCCGCGUUUCGACCUUUCAAAAGGAUUCCAAUGCCUGUUUUCUGCAAAGCACGAGUUCCGCCGUCGCCGAAGAGUCUGUCGACGAACCAUGUUGCGAGCUGGGCUCACAAUUGCAAGAACGAAAGAAUGUCCUGGAGGACAAGCUUUUGCCCAAAAGGAGUGAUGGACGGGCAUCACCUCAAGGAUUCUCGCUUUCUUCAGAGUCCCUGGAUAAGUACCAGCAGAAGAGUCGUGGUGCAGAGAAGAAGAAAAACACCGCUACAAGGGCAGAGCCUACAGUUGAUAAAAGUAAGAAAGAGAAACGCGGGAAACAGAAAAUGGCAAAAGGCAUUAAGGGCAACGCGAAGAAUAAAAGGGUGAAGGGAGAAAUGAGGCCGAAAGCAGCAAGUGAGGAGCGUGGAACGUGAACAGGAAGGAUUUGCAAAAGGAGUUGAAAGACUUGUUCCACAAGGAGUAGAUUGAUAGAUUGAGCAAUGGAGACUGCUAUGAGAUUGUCUGAGAGUACCGACUCGCCGCACUUGUCUUGUACUCUUCCAGGCCCAAGUC